GCUGAACGCGAGGCAAAGUUCUUCUUGGGUGCGAAAAAGAGACUGUCAUCGUCUCUUUUAGCCAUCUUCCCGGCUGCCAUGACAGGCAAAAGGGUGUCGGUCACACUUCUGGAUGACACCCUUAUUACCGGACGCCUCGCUAGUAUGGACGGCUUUCUUAAUUUAGAAUUGGACUCCGGUGUGGAAGUAGUUUCACCGCUGGAUUCCGUCGACCCUCUGCAUCUUGAUACGAUACAAAUUUCCGGAAAACGCGUGCGUUAUAUUGGCCUCCCUAGUACCCUAGACGUGCAUGGGAAGCUUCGGAAGUACUUACAAGCGACAGGUCAACCGGCUUUUAGUCAGCGUAAAUACAAAAAAGACAAAUACGCUCAUCUGCGUAAUCAGCAAUUGCCAGGAAUGUCAGGACUCUCGCACGAUGCUUGCGAGGACAAGGAGAAUGCAAUUGCUUCAGAUUGGCAUUCUAUUUAG